GCUCCUCCUCCUGUUGUGAUCGUCGACUCUCGUCUGCGCUCCUACUUGAGACCAUCGUAUAUCCUCCUAUUUCUCUCUUCUCUCUCACCUCUUCUAGAAUGCAAACAAACAGCAAAGCGCCCAAGGUAUCCGUUACCAUAGUGUACGAAAACUUUUGGCUAGAAUCUCAUUCGAAGCGAAAUCUCAGACGCGCCAGUCGCAGACAGCAAGCCAACGAGGAUAUUUGCAACCAGAUUGCUGCGCAAACAGACAUGCUUCUUCAGAGUGUGCGAGCAGCGAGUUCAAAACGAAGCGCAAGAACUACUGUAGUUCUGUCGUCGAAAUGGAGCAAGUAUAUCAAUGUUAAUAUGAUGUCACAAUUAGAUUUUGAGAUCUGAAGAAAUAAACCACUUCUUACACCUUG